AUGCCAUCUGGAACUGAAAAUAUUCUUCUGAUAGCUAUAGGAGGAGAAUUAAUAACUGGAAUGUUGGGGAAUGGGUUCAUUAUACUAGUUAACUGCGUUGACUGGGUGAAGGGUCAAAAACUUUCAUCAGUUGACUGCAUCCUCACCAGCUUGGCUCUCUCCAGAAUCACUCUUCUUUGGAUAACAGUAUUUGAUUCAUUUAUAAUGGUGUUAUGGCCACAUCUAUAUUCCAUCGAAAAACUAGCAAACUGUAUUGCUAUGUUUUGGACACUAUCCCAUUACCUUGCUGCCUGGUUUGCCUCCUCUCUAAGCAUUUUCUAUUUCUUUAGAAUAGCCAAUUUCUCCCAUCCCUGCUUUGCCUGGCUCAGGUGGAGAAUUAGCAAAGUGUUACUUGUGCUUCCACUGGCAUCUUUGUUUUCUCUGUUUCUCAACCUUGAAUCAAUAGAUUCAUUAGCUUAUUUGUGGUUUAAUGCCUAUAAAAGACACGAAAAAAACUCAACAUGGUCUUCAGAUGUAAGUAAAACUCUGCAUGUUAAGGGCUUGAUUGUUUCUAAUUUUAUGUACUUAAUUCCCUUUCUUCUGUCUCUGACUUCACUGUUCCUUUUAUUUCUCUCCUUGAGGAGACACACCAGGAAUGUGCAGAUGAACUCCAGCUCUAGGGACUUCAGCACAGAAGCCCAUAAAAAGGCCAUGAAAAUGGUGAUGUCUUUUCUCCUCCUCUUCACGUUUCAUUUUUCUUCCUUCAUAUUAACAGGUUGGUGUUAUCUUUUAGUGAAGAAACAGCAGGCCAAUCUGGUUAUCGCGUUCACAUCGACUAUUUUUCCUUCGGGCCACUCAUUUAUUCUAAUUUUGGGAAAUAGCAAGCUGAGACAAACUGCUUUGGAACUACUGUGGCAUCUUAAUUGCCACCUGAAAAAGGAUGCACAGCUUCUUAAAUACGGUUGUGGGCCUUCAUUAAAUUCUUCACUGUCCGUGGAAAAUCCCGUAACUCCUCUCUCUCACAGCAGGAUUUCUACGACCGCCUGGGGAGCUUGGCUAAGAGGGGCAAGUGCAACGACAAAGGGAGACUCUCGCGAGACUGAAGAGGCCGUCAGGCGCAACUCCGCUCUGCUCCGCCGCCGCCGGGCCUCCUGGGAGUCCGCCAUUGCGCUGGCCCACGGACCGUUAGCGUAA